UUAUCACGUCUUUAUCACGGAGAGACGACUAGACUAUAGAGUUAUUUAUUUCAUGUUCUUGUAUACAGUAGUUGAAUUAUACCCCACAACUUAGAUAAUCUUAAAUUAUUAUUAAAUAUUUAGUAAUUUAGUGAAUAUUCACUGUCUUGUUUAUUUUCAAACAAAAAUUCGGAAGUAAACAACAGUAUUGAAUAUUUUGAUAUUAAUGGUUUUAAUUUUUUAAGAACUGUAACUAUUUUUUGUCGGUGUUGUUCUUGAAAUGGCUACGGAAGAUGUAUUUGAUCAGUUUGACGAAGAAGAACAACAAGUAGAAAGUCAGUCAUUUACAAAAGCUGGUCGAAAGCGACUUUUCUCAAAGGAAUUACGUUGUAUGAUGUAUGGUUUUGGUGAUGAUGAAAAUCCAUACACUGAAAGUGUUGACAUACUUGAGGAUCUAGUAAUUGAGUUUAUCACAGAAAUGACUCAUAAUGCUAUGGAAAUUGGGCGGUCUGGACGGGUUCAAGUAGAAGAUAUUGUAUUUUUAGUGCGAAAAGAUGCAAAAAAGUAUGCUAGGGUCAAAGAAUUGUUAAUGAUGAAUGAAGAAUUGAAAAAAGCACGGAAAGCAUUCGAUGAAGGAAAAUUUGCGGGUAAUGAAGUCCCAAACAAUGGAAAUACUAGUAUCACUAAAUAAUGACCAACACUUUUUAUGUUCAAUUUAUAUUUAUUUGUAUUACUCAACAUGUACUUAUACUGAUGUAAUUAAUACUGAACGCUUUACUUUUAUAAAUAACUUAAGAAUUGAAACUUUUCAUUCAUUUUUUUUUUUUUUUUUUUCAUUAAAAUUAUAUAUUUUUCUGUAAAAAGAUGUGUUAUUCAAAAUAAUAUACUUACUGUAAGUAAACCA